AUGCCUAUCACUGGAAAUGCCAGACAGCUCACCUUCAGGGCAAACAACCUCGGAAAGGAGAUCGACUUGAUGCUUAUGUUCACCCCGCCAGCUGAGGGAAAGCUGUACUCAGACUUGUACCCCGUUUGCUGGAAGGUCCUACAGUUUCACUCAUCCGGUGUCAGUGCAGCCACGGUUCACUACAGCGCCAGCACUGCAUUCGUGGCUCCUCAAAAAGAUACUGACAACAUUGUCUCUGCAUAUAAUGUAGAGAGUUGCGAGACUGGGGAACUAUGUGCAUUAAUGACCAACGACAAGGGAAACAAUUACCUUACAAAGGCGGCAGUCGGAUCCAAGGGCGUUGUUCAAUGUAAAGUUCAAACAUCCACACCGGCCGAGGUUGCAUUUGGUCUGUUUAAUGCAGACAAAACUACUGUCAACCCUGUAUUCAAGUGGACUGGCCUGGGAAUAGGAAGCACAUUGGCUGUCAGGCUUACACCCAUCCUUAAGAUAUACGCUGUUAGCGACUACCAAGCGAGUGAAAUCAUCAAAGGCGAUGUGCAUUCUGAAGUCAAGUUUGAGGUAGAUCUGAUGACGCUUCCUCACGAGACUAACUGGAAUGUCAUCCGUGACCCAGUCAGCAAGGAGAUCAAGAUUGUCCGCGCGUAG